AUGAGUUUUCUAUCUAAGAUAUCCAAUCUUAGAAAGUCUAUUCCAGUAGCUCCUCCUAAAGCAAAUACUCCAAGCUCACAACCAGAAACCUAUCAGGCACCAUCUCUCUUGCCCAAGAGUUAUACUAGAGAAGAGGAUCCUGCUGUUAGGAGACUUAAGGAAAAGCGUCAACAGGAACUUUUGAAAAAAGGUGAGCUUUCUAAAAAGGCUACAGCUAGUAGAAGGACAUCGGCGUCAGGAAAAGGUACAAAGAAGGACUCUGAUGACGACAAUAAGACUGUGACGAGGUUUAAAAAGAAAUCUAGUAGCGGUAGUAGUACUGGAUCGAAUAGACCGACACAUAUUUCGGUGGCUCAAAAAAAGAAACCUGAGCCUGUUAAAAAGAUGAGUUUUGACGAAUUAAUGAAGCAAGCUGAGAAUAAUGCUCAUUCCAAUGGUAGUAGCAGUAGCAAGAGUGGUAGUACAACUCCCGUUAGAGCUCCGUCUGAAACCCAACCGCGACCUAGGCCUCAUAUUAACAAGCCAGGUUUUAAAAAUCCUGAUAGACGAAGAAGAGCAGGGUCUCAAGAACCGGUAAAACCAGUUGUGAAGAAUCAGCCAACACCGACCGUUAAGGAACCUAGACCUGCUAAAUUGUCAUUACCCAAGAAAGAUUUUGCCAAACCCAAUGAGCUCAUUCGUAGAAGACUUGAAGCAAAGAAGAAUGCCUCUAGAGUGCAGGAAACACAACAGGAUGACUAUGAAAGUGAUAUGGAUGAUUUCAUAGAAGAUGAUGAAGAGGAAGAUAGAGUUGCCAUGGAGAAAGAUCCUGGUUAUGAUCGUGACGAAAUAUGGGCCCUUUUCAAUAGAGGUAAAAGGCGUUCUGAUUAUGCAUUUGAUGAUGAUGAAGAGGAUGACAUGGAAGCAAAUGAGAUGGAGAUCAUUGAAGAAGAAGAAAGGGCAAGAAAAAUGGCUAGAUUGGAGGAUAAGCGUGAAGAAGCAUGGUUGAAAAAGCAUGAAAUGGAGAAGAAGAAGCGUAAGAAGGCAAGAGAUUGA